AUGAUCCUCGCAGAGCUCUUCUCCAUCAUCCUGCGGCUGGCCGAGCUGGCCUUUGCCGCCAUCGUCGCCGGGCUGAACGGGGAUUACCUGCACGCGGUGCACGGCGUGUCGGCGUGGCACCUGGGCCGCUUCAUCUACACCGAGGUGGUGGCCGGGCUAGCCAUGCUGCUCGCCAUCAUCUGGCUGUUCCCCUUCAGCAGCUCCUUCAUCCACUGGCCUGCCGACUUUAUCAUGAGUGUCUGCUGGUUUGCGGCAUUUGGGUUGUUGGUGGAUUGGUUGGGCCAGUCCUGCGGGGACGUUUUUGACUGGCGCGGCCUCGACUUUUACGGCACGGCCACCUGCGCGCAGUGGAAGGCCACCGUUGCCUUUACGUUUUUGAGCGCCAUCUGCUGGCUGGCGAGCGCCAUUCUAGGCAUCUACUGGGUCCGCCGCCACACCGUCACAGUCGCCGAUGGCCCUUACCACCGUCGCCGCUGGUAUCGUUCGCGCGUCUAA